CUGUUGUAUGCUGAGCGACAUUUCUAUCACGAUCCGUGAUCGAGGUGGGGCAAUAGUGCGAUUAAAUUCUAUGCUCCGCAUCUGUAUGCGAGAUGGGGAGCGAAAGUGAGGUCGGAUCUCAAAGUUUGGAGCAAGUUCUCGGAGAGUGUCGACGGUGGGUUGAGGCGGUAACAGGCCGACAGUUCGCACAUCGCGAUUUCCGUCAGUCUCUCCAGGAUGGCGUCCUGCUCUGCGAGUUAGUGUCCCGGAUCAAACCUGGUACUAUCCGCCGAAUCAACGGUCUGUCGACGACCUAUGCGUAUCUGGAUAAUUUGAAGUCUUUUCUUCAAGCAUGUGAGCAGUUUGGUCUGAAGGGAUCGCAACUGUUUGAUAUCACUGAUUUACAAAGGAUGUCUCCCGCCACCAAAAGAAACAAUGGAGGAGAAGGAGACAAACAUUUGCGAAAUGUUGCUCUUACGAUCUAUUGGUUGGGAAAAGCUGCCAGCAACAUGCCUUCGUAUGCAGGACCUGAACUGAAUUGGGAUGCGUUUAGUGGUCUCAUAGGGAAGAAGGAGGCGGGCAGUUUGUUUGAAGGGAUAGAAACGAGCAGGUCGAUUCCGUCACGAACUACGCCAACGACGAGCAAGAAAAUGAGGAACGAGGAGCAAACGGCGUUGAACAAUGCUGCACAGACAGAAAGCAGAUCAACAGAAAGCCAAGGAAAUGGAGUCAACGCGUUGAAGGAGACUGAUGGAAAGUUUCGUGAUUUAACUGUGAGAAUCACGAAGAUCAGACGGCAGGAGUCUGGAUUUGGACUCACAGUUGCAGGCGGCAGCAACGAAGGCAUCCAGCCAAACAUUCACAACAUCAAACCAGGAAGUUCUUCGUCUCUGAGUAAUGUGCAAGUUGGUGAUGAGAUACUCUCAAUCAACGGACAGAGUGUGGUGGGAGUUACACAUCAGAAGGUGCUCUCUCUUCUAGCAAAGGGUGAUGCGAUUGGCAGUCUCUCAUUGAAAAUACGACGACACAGCAGUCGACGUGGCCACACUUCGUCGAUAAGCUUAGAUGACGUACAACCUCAAACACAGGGAAGGUCGUCUCUACGAUCGAAUGACAUCGGCAUGCAGGUAGUUCCACCUGCCGAAGAAAUGUGGAUUGGUCAACAGGAGGGCAACGGUUGGUCACCAAACGAUCUCGUUGUGGAUCAUCAAGCAGUAGGCAGCAAACCUGUAAAGGAAGACAACAUACAACAAAGAGAUAGAAACGGUUAUCAGGAGAACGAACCAGCAGUGAGUGUCGAUUCGUAUGUUGAGUACUCAGAGACACCUGGUGCUUUGUUCCCAGAUCCUCCGCCAUUGCCACCAGACGUCGUGGACAUUGACAACGAAGUGCAACAGAGUGAGCAAACUCAUCCUCAUGGAUAUGGUGCAGAGAGUGACACAUCUUCAUCACUACCUCAACUAAUGAAUGAGCAAAGCAUGGAUGCAAGAGUGGCUGGUGAAACAGAGUCUGCAGCAAGAGCUCGUUCAGUUGAACGUGAAAAGGAAGAAGUGGAGUUCCUCAAACGUCGUAGGUCUGAACAAUCUGCUCGAAUCUCUAACUAUCCUCAAAGUCAAGAAGCACUUACGUCCCAGUCAUCUCUUCAAGAACAGAUCAAAGCUGAACUGAGACGAUCUCCUCUUGCUCCUCGCCGAGGAAUUACUGAUCAGUCACCAAAUAAGCCCCAAGAAGUUAUGUCUGCCAUCGGCAAUAUUGUCAAUCCCAAACAUCAGGAAGUUCCUUUGGGCGAAGUCAUGCUGCGCAAAAAUGUUGAAACAAGGUUGAUAGUGGAAGAUGAAGAACAGAAACGACUCUCUCAACAAAUGCAGGUAGAGACAGACUCCGAAUUUCGAAAGACUGUUGAAGGUCAGGAAAAGAUGAGGCAACUAGAAAAGGAAGCAGAUGAACUGAUUGCUUUAGCUCAGGCUGAGUUACUCCUGGCUGGUCAGGAGCUGCAAGAAAAUGCACAGAAAAUGAGCAACAGCUAUCCUCAUGAUACGAGGAAGAAGGGGGCAGAAUCUGUGGAUCACUCAUCUCCACAUUCAGGAUCAAGGUUCAGUCUGUCUGUGUGGAGUGAUUCAAACAUGAAUUAUGAGGAUGAUGACACAGAGCUGCAAGGUCUGGAUAACGAGGAAAAGGAGAGGAUCCUUGAAAAUGAGCUGAAGAAAUUGCAUGAUUUGGAAUUGGAGUGGGCACAAGAGCAUCGACAAGAGAGACUUCGGAAGGGUACAGGAGAGAGUGCUGAAAUGGAUGCAAGGGAAAAGGAAAGGCUGGAAGAAGAAAAGAAGAAGUGGGAGAAAGAGAAAGAGAAGGAGAGAACAUUGGAGAGGAAGAAACGACAACAACUGGAAGAUGAGAAGAGAAAGCUGGAAGAAGAAAAAACAGCUCUAGAAGAGGAAAGGAGGCUGCAGUUGAUUGAACAAGAGAGACAGAGGAAAGAGCUGGAAAUUGAGAAGCAGCGAUGGGAAGAAGAGAAGAGACAACAGAUCGAGAAGGAGCUGCAGAGCCGAAUGAAACUGGAAGAAGAAAAGAUGAGGAUAGAAUCUGAGAAACAGAGAUACAGCGAAGAAAGAGAAAGGAGACGACGCGAUUUGGAAGCAGAAAAGGAAGAAGAAGAGAUGAGACUGAAACAACAAGUUGAGAUGGAGAAGAGAAAAAGACGAGAAGGAGACGCAAGACGGCUAGCACUAGAAGAAGAAAGAGAAAGGCUGUUAGAAGAAGACAGGCAGAGACAGAUCGAGAUGCAAGAAGAGAUGAAAAGACUUCAACAAGUGGAAGCAGAAAGAAAGAGAAGACAAGAGCAAGAACUGCAGCUGAGGAGACAAGAAGAAGAUAUGCAGAGAGAAUCCCACACGGAAGAUGUCUCAUUCACUCGUCAUGGGCGAGAACGUCAAGAGGUGCCACAUCCCAACAACAUAGACCGAGAAGAAAGGGUCCGACGCGUCAAGGAUGACAUCGCACUCGCAGUACAGCGACGAGAAGCUCUGCAGCGACUCGAAGAACGAAAAGAACGCGCCCAGAAACAGAAAGAGGAGAAACCACGACAGAGAGACGGAGGAGAAAGGCAGAGAGAUGAACGAGCACGUGAGAGGAAAGACACAAAUGAGAGGCACAGCAGGCACCAGCACCACAGGAAAAGUAGAGAGGCACGCCCACCGAGCCAAGCCAGUGCGAAUGAAUCAUUCAUGGCACAGACGGUCUUUAAUGACGACUCAGGUGUUUUCAUGACGGAACUUUAGAGGUUAUAAACGCUGCCGCAAAGUUGUUGUAAGAAGUAUCACUUCUACCUGUUGUCUUGCUGCAUGCGGAAUUGCAAGCAUACUGUAAGGGGUUGCUGAGGGUCGGGGGUAAGAAGCAGACAAGGGUACGUACCAAUGGUAAUGUUUUUUUGGUAGAAUACUAAUCCUAUUUCUCACUUCACGCAAAACAA